AUGUUUGCAUWUGGGAAGCCUGAUCUGCUGCUGGUCAAAGAGGAGACAAUAGAAGAUGGACCAGAGAACAUUGAUCUGCUGAGUGGAKUAAAGAUGGGAGAGCAAGGUGGUUGGCUGGAGACUAACAGAGCAGACUGGGUGGCCAURUUGGAUUCCCAGACCGGUGCAGCCAAGGGCCCAGCGAACAACAUCACCGAGCAGGCCUGGACCAGAGGUGACAUAGUGGAGGUCAGGGGAUGGGACAGCGUCCUCAACUCUGGGCUGGGGAACAACGCUGUUAACCAUAACCAGAAACAGAUAGUCGAACACACAACGACAUCCGAACUUAGUCUCCAUYACAACAGACUGGCUGAAACCAGGGCGAGGCAUAMAUUUGGUCUGCGGGGACAGGAAAGUGAACYUAUGCGGCGYGAGAGUACAGACUUCGCUUACGAUGCUCCGUCCUGCUCCUAUAAUUGUGAUUCAGAAAGACUGAUGGCGCCUCAGGUUAACCCUCUAACAGGUGCUGCCUUCAGCUUGUCUUCUAUAGAAUCUGUCAACUGUAACAUGGACCCUGCGAUAACACAGACACUCCCUGGCCUUCGUUCUCCUCACACUCUCCUAAUGUUAAACSAGACCUCAGACAAUGCCAGUGCCUCAACACUAAAUGGCUACACAAGCCCACUGACAAAUGACAGUAGUGAAGACGGAAUCAGUAAAGGUGGCAGCACCAAAGAGAAGCGCUUCCCGUGUUCAUUCUGUGGGAAAGCCUUCAGUUUUCCCCAACAGGUGGAGAUCCACCAGAGGGUACACACGGGGGAGAAACAAUUUGGCUGCCACCUGUGCCGGGCCAGUUUCUCUCACUCCUUCAGCCUGAAGAGGCACCUGAGAGUCCACACAGGGGUGAAACCCUUCAGCUGUACCCAGUGUCACAUGCGCUUUGCCCAGGCUGGUCACCUGAAGAGGCACCAGAGGGUCCACACAGGGGAGAAACCCUACAGCUGUACGCAGUGUGAGAAGAGGUUCUCCCGCCAGGACCAGCUGAAGAUGCACCUGAAGGUCCACACGGGAGAGAGGCCAUUCGCCAGUACGCACUGCGGGAAGAGGUUAUCAGAGAGGAGCUACCUCAGGAUGCACCAGCAGAAAAAACAUUCCACUCUUUAACAUAAAAAGUAWCCAUUCCCCUGGAUAGCUUCUGACAUUUAGAUCAAACCCGGCAUUAAAGACAAAUAUACAUUUUCAUUGUUGUCAGCAGAAAAGACCCACAGAUGCACAGAUGACCCAUAGAUUUCAGUGUUGAAUUUUCCUGGGUAGAAUAUUUCAUCCAGACAUGUAAGGCAUAUCUACACUAACUUUCAAAAGUUUGGGGUCACUUAGAAAUGUCCUUGUUUUUGAUAGAAAAGCAAAAAGAAUUG